GGCGGCUCUCGGAUGGACGUGAUGACGUAUCAGCUGUACGUACACCGUGAGCCGGCCUGAUGCAGUCCGAGGUCUCUCCAUCCUCCAGCGUUCUCCUGGUGGAGCCAUUUUACGGCGGUUCUCACAAACAGCUGAUCGACCUCCUGAAGGAAAAUGUUGAUAGCUGCUCCGUCUUCACGCUGCCCGCCAAGAAGUGGCACUGGAGGGCGAGAACGGGCGCCCUGUACUUCAGCCAGACCAUCCCCAGCUCCCAGUCAUACAGAGUCCUGUUCAGCAGCUCUGUCCUGAACCUUUGUGAACUAGUGGCUCUGAGACCUGACCUGGCCCGGCUCAAGAAGGUUCUGUACUUCCAUGAGAACCAGCUGGUGUAUCCGGUCCGCAGAGACCAAGACCGAGACUUCCAGUACGGAUACAACCAGGUGCUGUCAUGCCUGGUGGCAGACGUGGUCGUCUUCAACUCACACUUCAACAUGGACUCAUUCCUGUCCUCCAUCCCGUCCUUCAUGAAGAAGAUCCCAGACCACCGACCCAGAGACCUGGACCAGCUGAUCCGUCCCAAGUGUGUGGUCCUGAACUUCCCACUGCAGCUCCCCGACGUCAGCAGACUCCUGCCUGAACAUAAACGCCUCCGCUGGACUACAGAGACGUCUCGUCUUGAUGACAUCAUCACAGCGCAGCAGCAGCUCAGUGGUGAAGAAGUCAAUCAUCAGUCUGGACCCCCCACUCCCCAGACCCCUGUCAGCCAGGUGAAGCCUCUGCACAUCGUGUGGCCUCAUCGAUGGGAACAUGAUAAAAACCCGGAGCUGUUCUUCAAGACUCUGCUGAGACUGAAGGACAAACAUCUGUCCUUCCAUGUGUCCGUUCUUGGAGAGACGUUCACUGAUGUCCCAGAUGUCUUUCAGGAGGCCAGGUGUCUCCUGGACUCCCACAUCGUGUCCUGGGGGUAUCUGUCCAGGGAGGACUACCUGGAGGUUUUGUGUCAAGCUGACGUGGUCGUCUCCACCUCCAACCACGAGUUCUUUGGCGUUGCCAUGCUGGAGGCCGUCCACUGUGGAUGUUUUCCUCUGUGUCCCAAGGCCCUGGUCUACCCUGAGAUCUUCCCAGCUCAGUACCUGUACUCUACGCCUGAGCAGCUCUGUAAGAGACUUGUGGGAUUCUGUCGGAGACCUGACGUCGCUCGGAGACACAUUGUCACGGUUGACACCUCCUGCUUCUCCUGGUCGUCCCUAAAGCAGCGUUUCCAGGCUCUGCUGACAGACGAGUGUCCCUGAAUGCACCACGGCCACCAUAGGUCCUGGAUCAGACUGGAUCUGGGCCAAGUGUGCAUCUGGACCGGAUCUGGACUGGAUCUGGACUGGGUCUGGACUGGGUCUGGACUGGGUGUGGACUGGGUCUGGACCGGGUCUGGACUGGGUGUGGACCGGGUCUGGACCGGGUCUGGACUGGAUCUGGACCGGGUUUGGACUGGGUCUGGACCGGGUCUGGACUGGAUCUGGACUGGAUCUGGGCCAAGUGUGCAUCUGGACCGGGUCUGGACUGGAUCUGGACUGGAUCUGGGCCAAGUGUGCAUCUGGACCGGGUCUGGACUGGAUCUGGACUGGAUCUGGACCGGGUCUGGACCGGGUCUGGACUGGAUCUGGACUGGGUCUCUCAGAGAUCAAGACUUUUUCAUAAAUAAACUUCCUGACACAUUUAUUUUCA